AGAAGAAACAACGGGGAGGUGGGGAGAGCGUGCCCGGAGCUGCGUUAGUGCAGCAACAUCGGGGUUAUAAACAAACUCUCCUCUGCCCCCGCCAACCUUCUCCCGCUAAAGCGACGUUUGCCAGGCGCGCGGUGCUCCUGGGAGAGGGGGGCUGACGCUGGGAGCUGCCUGCACCAAAAUGUCUCUUCUUUCCUGUUUUCGUUUUGCCCCAGGCCCUCGUAUUUGCGAGAAGCGGUUUGUGUGUGGGCAGGGGCACGAAGGAGGAGCCUGCAAAGGAGGAGUCGCCGCGGAGAGGCAGGGGGUAAAUUCACGAUCUCGCUGGUUAGGAAAGAUUUGUUUGGUUGAGUGUAAAGGGAUCAGGACCUUGUCGGCGACUCCCGAGAGGACUUGGUGGUGCUGGGCAGCAUAACAGUCAAUGAUUUUAUCCCCUGUGGGGUUUUCCUGCAUGCUAGUUCUAUGAACAACUCUAUCACACUAAUUGGAAUCAUAUGGAUGGGUUAUUCUGUGUGUGAACAAAUUCUGAAGUACCUGAAGAAUGUUCAGCCGCUCCAGAGUGCUAUGUUCCUCUUCUGUCUUUAAAGAUCUUCCCAGGUGGGGCUUGCUUAGACCAAUAGUUGCCAAAGAUGGCAGAAGAAAUCAUCACUCCAGUGUAUUGCACAGGCGUCUCUGCUCAGGUCCAGAAGCAGAGGGCUAAGGAUCUGGGCCUGGGGCAGCAUGAGAAUGCAGUGAAGUACUUGGGCCAGGACUUUGAGAAGCUUCGGAAUGCAUGCUUACAGAGUGGAGCCCUCUUUCGAGAUGACACCUUCCCUCCUGCAGCCGCCUCCUUGGGCUUCAAAGAAUUGGGUCCAAACUCCUCCAAAACCUAUGGAAUCAAGUGGAAGAGACCCAGGGAAAUGUGUUCCAACCCGCAGUUCAUUGUUGAUGGAGCCACCCGCACAGACAUCUGCCAGGGAGCCCUCGGUGACUGCUGGCUCCUAGCUGCAAUUGCUUCUCUCACCUUGAAUGAAACCAUCCUCCAUCGAGUGGUCCCUCAUGGGCAGAGCUUCCAGAAUGGAUAUGCUGGCAUCUUCCACUUCCAGAUCUGGCAGUUUGGGGAGUGGGUGGACGUUGUAGUGGACGAUCUUCUCCCGACGAAGGAUGGGAAGCUGGCUUUUGUACACUCGGCACAAGGCAAUGAGUUCUGGAGUGCCCUACUCGAGAAAGCUUAUGCCAAGGUGAAUGGCUGCUAUGAAGCUCUGUCUGGAGGAAGCACCUCAGAGGGCUUUGAAGACUUCACUGGAGGGGUCACCGAAUGGUACGAGCUUCGGAAACCCCCCAGUGACCUUUAUCAAAUUAUUCUGAAAGCUCUGGAAAGGGGAUCUCUGCUUGGCUGCUCCAUUGAUAUUACCAGUGCUCUUGACAUGGAGGCUGUAACAUUUAAAAAGCUGGUGAAGGGUCAUGCCUAUUCGGUCACAGGAGCCAAACAGAUUAACUACCGAGGACAGAGAGUUAAUCUAAUUCGAAUGCGAAACCCAUGGGGAGAGGUGGAAUGGACUGGAGCCUGGAGUGACAACUCUUCUGAGUGGAACGUGGUGGACCCAUCUGUGGGACAGCAGCUAAGGAUUAAAAUGGAAGAUGGGGAAUUCUGGAUGUCCUUCCAAGACUUUUUGAGAGAGUUCACGCGGCUGGAGAUCUGUAACCUUACUCCAGAUGCACUGAAAGCACGCACCUUCCGCAAGUGGAACACAACACUCUAUGAUGGCACCUGGAGACGGGGGAGCACAGCUGGAGGCUGCAGGAAUUUUCCAGCUACAUUCUGGAUAAACCCUCAGUUUAAAAUCCGACUGGAAGAGGUGGAUGAUAAUGAUGAUGACUACAGCAGAGAAUCGGGCUGCAGCUUUCUCCUGGCACUCAUGCAGAAGCACCGUCGCAGGGAAAGGAGAUAUGGGAAGGACAUGGAGACCAUUGGCUUUGCUGUCUAUGAGGUUCCUCGUGAGUUUGUAGGCCAGUCUGCAGUUCACUUGAAACGAGAUUUCUUCCUGGCGAAUGCCUCGCGAGCCCGCUCGGAGCAGUUCAUAAACCUUCGUGAAGUCAGCACACGCUUCAAGUUGCCUCCAGGGGAGUAUAUUGUUGUGCCUUCCACCUUCGAACCUAACAAGGAAGGAGAUUUUGUCCUAAGGGUCUUCUCAGAGAAAAAAGCUGGAACUGAGGAGAUGGAUGAUCAGAUCCAGGCUAAUCUUCCAGAUGAGAAAGUGCUUUCUGAAAGUGAGAUUGAUGACAGUUUCAAGCAACUUUUCAAGCAGCUUGCUGGAGCGGAUAUGGAAAUCAGUGUCUCAGAACUGCAGACUAUCCUCAACAAAAUCAUAAGUAAACAUAAAGACCUCCGGACUAAAGGGUUCAGUACUGAGUCAUGCCGAAGUAUGGUGAACCUCAUGGAUAGAGAUGGAAAUGGGAAAUUAGGACUGGUGGAAUUCAACAUCCUCUGGAACAAAAUUAGGAGUUACCUGACUGUCUUUAGGAAAUUUGAUUUAGACAAGUCUGGAUGCAUGAGUGCCUAUGAAAUGCGAAUGGCGCUGGAGUCUGCAGGCUUUAAACUGAACAAGAAACUCUAUGAAUUGAUCAUCACCCGUUAUUCUGAGCCUGACUUGGCUGUUGACUUCGAUAACUUUGUGUGCUGUUUAGUGCGACUUGAAACCAUGUUCAGGUUUUUUCAAUCUCUGGACACAGAUAAAGAUGGAAUUGUCACUUUCGACUUAUUUAAGGUACAUAUUUUUUUCCUCCACUGGUUUGUGUGGGUCUCUUACUUCCCAUAGCUGGUCCUCUGGAGU